AUGGCCAAAACUCUCCCUCCCCAGAACGAGGACUGGAAGCGAGCUGCCCUCGACCUGGAGAAACAGGACAAACAAGACAAACUCUUCGACAGCUGCAGGAAGACAACGGUUGUACAGUGUGGAGGAAUUAGCGUGAGGCAUUUUAUAGAUGCCUCUAUGAACCGCUGGCGGCAAUCACCCAAUGGCCCUCCAAUUAUACCAUAUAUAUUCAUGAGUCCAGGUUCACCCUACAGAAGUUCAAUGGUUGCCGGCAUGAAGCACUGGAUGCUUCACACCUGCGUACAGUUCAAGGAGAUCAACAGCAGCACCACCACUUCACAGCCUCACCUGAAGCUCAGAGCAAAGGCCGGGUGCUGUCCUAAUGUCGCCAGCAUCUCGCCUACAACUCUUGAAGUCUCCAUUGGUGCAAGCUGUCUGGAACUUGGCUCAAUGGUUCACCAAAUUGGCCACAUCUUGGGCCUCAUUCCUCAGCAUUCCCGCGCCGACCGAGACGAUUACGUUCGUAUCAACGCAGAAAACACCGUUCCCAGCAUGUUGAGACGGUUUGAAGUGCUUCCGGAGGAGCCGGCGACCAACUUCGACGUACCAUACGAUUUAACUUCAAUUAUGCACUCCGGUCCCAGGUCCUUCACAGUCAACGGGAAGCGGACCAUCGGCACCAUCAACCCCCUCUACCAGGGACUCAUAGGCCAGCGAGAUGGUCUCUCUCACCGCGACCAGCUGCUGGCUAAUAGAAUGUAUAAGUGUACAGAUACAGCCCCUGCUCCCGUGCCAGAUAAUUGGAUAAUAAAGUGUCAUCUGGCCUCUGACCCGUGUCAGAACGGGGGCUACCUUGGUGCCAACUGUUCGUGUGUGUGUCCUCCUGGCACUUCUGGCACCCUGUGUGAGACCGUUACUGGUGGAUAUCACGAUGUGCAACUCUCCAAGUGCUCCCGUGUCAUUACCACGCCCGGAACCAUUACCUCUCCCAAUUUUCCUAAUAAGUACCCAGCAGGCAUGGCAUGCACACACGUGAUCCAAGCCCCAGAGUGUUACUCUCCUCAAGUCACUUUCAUCAGCUUUAGACUUCCUGGAAAGAAUCCCUACUGUUUCGACGCCUUCAGAUGUUCCUUAGACUUCCUCGAGAUUACAACCAAUGGCCUUAGCAGCGGUGAUAUAUUCUGCGGGAAGGAUAUUGCCCCAGGCCAAGUAUUCACAUCCACAACAAGUGUGAUAGUUCUCUUCUUUAAAACUCUGACGAAUAGUUUCAGAGGAUGGUCGGCUAGUGUGAGCUUCGUGCGUAUCCCCGGUUGCAGUUGUGACGGCUACUUUCCAGUUACCACCUGUCUACAGUUGGAGCUCAAGCUUCUGUACCUCUUUUCCUAG